AAGUAGAUGGUGUGCCGGAAGUGACAGCGGAAAAUAACUAAAAUAAAAACGGCAAAGAUAUUUUGACAAUAAACUUUUGACGAAUGUCAACAAAUUGUUUCAUUAUGUGAAUUAGACUUUUCAGUUUAUGUUUUUGUUUUUUUACUGUCUUAAAAAACAUUAUAUAUUAUAAUAUUUUUAUUUUAAGUGACAAUGCACUUGCUAAACUUCAUUUAUGUAUUAAAAUUAGACCACACCAAACUUUUUGUAGCGUGAAAGAUAUUAAUAACAAUGUCUUUUUUUAGUAAUUUUAAGAAAAUUUUUAAUAUAGGGAAUAUUUCUGGUUUAGAAGGCAAACGAAAAAAAGUGUAUAACAAUAUUCGAUUCAGUGAAAAUCCAGAUGAUUUCUGGGAAUUAGUAGGAGAAUUAGGAGAUGGAGCCUUUGGUAAAGUAUACAAGGCUAUUAAUAAAGAAAAUGGAAAUUUUGCUGCUGCUAAAAUUUGUGAGUUAAAAGGAGAAGAUGAUCUGGAUGAUUUUACUGUGGAGAUUGAUAUUUUGACAGAAUGCCGACAUCCAAAUAUUGUUGGCUUAGAAGAAGCUUUCUUUUUUGACAGUAAAUUAUGGAUGCUGAUUGAAUUAUGUGAGGCUGGAGCAGUGGAUAGCAUUAUGCUAGAUUUAGAAAAACCAUUGACUGAGCCUCAAAUAAGAUAUUUAUGUCAUGAAAUGUGUAAGGGUCUUGAUUUCCUUCAUAGCAAGAAAGUCAUUCACAGAGACCUUAAAGCUGGAAAUGUGUUGCUUACAUUAGACGCUGGCGUUAAAUUAGCUGAUUUUGGUGUAUCUGCAAAAAAUAAGGACACUAUGCAGAAGCGGGACUCUUUUAUUGGAACUCCUUACUGGAUGGCACCAGAAGUGGUUAUGUGUGAAACUUUUAGGGAUAACUUAUAUGAUUCUAAAGCUGACAUAUGGAGCUUGGGUGUCACUUUAAUAGAAUUUGCUCAAAUGGAACCUCCAAAUCACGAACUCAGCCCUAUGCGUGUGUUGUUAAAAAUACAUAAAUCUGAACCUCCUACCUUAGAUCAACCCUCAAAGUGGUCAUCAGAAUUUAAGGAAUUUUUGAGAAAAUGUUUAGUCAAAGAUCCUUUAUCUCGAUUGACUGCUGCUGAAUUGCUUAGGCACCCAUUUAUAUCUAAUGCAACAGAAAGGAGACCACUUUUGGAACUUAUUAUUGAAUAUAAAGCAGAGGUUUUUGAAGAAUUAAUGGAAGAUCCGGAUGAUGAAUCUGAAUCAUCUGUUGUAUCAGCAUUAUGUAGAACCUCUCAAAUUAGCAUGGAAAGUGAGAUAGGAUUAGAUACCAUUUCAAAUUACAGUGGGAAUACAGAUAUAUCUACUACAGAAAUGAAAAGUGAAAUUUCAGAGAAAAUCAUUGUGGAGCAAAAAGAUGCAGCAAUAGAGUCAGCUGGAAGUGAAGAGUCAUUAGCAUUUGAAGAUAAUGAGAAGACUAUUUUGGAAGAUGAUAUUACAGGUGCUCCUGAAGACAUUGAAGUGCCUCAAGAAAUUACUUUAACUGAAGAGAGUAACUGCUUUCUUGCUCCAAAUGAUAGCAAACAAGAGAACGACAAUGUAAAACCCAUUGAAGCAGAACCCAAACUCCCACAGCCAGAAGAUAGCUUGAUUGCUAAAGAGAAUGUAGCUGAUAAUUUAGAAGAUACAUCAGUUUUUAAAGAAAAGUUUCAAAGUGUGUCAGAAACGGUUGUAUUAAAUACUACUGUCGCUGAUGAAAAUUUAUCUACCUCAGAUGAUAAUUUGGCUACUGCUGAUGAUAAUUUAGCCACUGCUGAUGAUAAUUUAGCUACUGCUGAUGAUAAUUUAGCUACUGCUGAUGAUAAUUUAGCCAUUGCUGAUAAUAAUUUGACUACUGCUGAUGAUAAUUUGGCUACUGCUGAUGAAAAUUUUGUGACUGCUGAUGAUAAUUUGACUACUGCUGAUGAUUUGGCUACUGCUGAUGAUUUGGCUACUGCUGAUGAUUUGGCUACUGCUGAUGAUAAUUUGACUAAGGUUGAUGAUAAUUUAACUUUCAGUCUGAAUGAAUCUGAUAAAUGUAUGUUAAAAUUGACUGAAUCUUCAAAUGAGAAUGUUACCCCUUAUAUUGAAGAGAUAGAUAUAAAGGAACUAAAGAAGUUAUCUUCUGACUCAAAAAGUGAAUCAGAUUUAUCUAUUCAGGACAAAUUGUCUAGUAGACGUACAAUGUCUGAUGACAGUUUUGAUAUGGCUAGAAAGAAUUCAGAUGCAUGCUUAGAUCUAGCAUCAGAAUCUAAAACUGGGGGAACAAGUGUGAAUUGUGAUACAUCCAAAACUCCAGAUGGUUUAUUAAUUUCAAUUAAACCUGGACAUGAUUUUAAUUCAUCCUACAGAAAAUCUCUGAACAAAUGGUGCUCUGUGGACAGUAUCUAUGAAAAAAAUGAUGAAGAACAUUCAUUUCAUACUGGUUCUUUGCAUGAUUUAACGGAUGAAAAAUAUAAACCUUUUUCAAAAGAUGAAAAUAAGUCAUUAAUUGUUCCACAAAUGUUAGUUGAUAAGGAUAAGAUUGAAGAAAAUAAUUCCUUAGAACAGCUUGGAUUGGAUACUAAUACAAUGAUAGUGGAAGAAUCUGCAACUACUAAUUCUUUUAGUAAUCUACAAAAUGAUAUGGAAGAUCCUGACAUCAAUAGCUGCCCGCCUAAUUAUGAAAUGGCUUGUGAAGAACCUGUGAUAGAGGAAUCACCUAAUAGAAAUGAAUCACAUGAAGAUGAAGAUACCCUUGAUAGAGCUGUUUGUGUUUCUAAUAAUAACAAUAUCCUCUCCUUUGACACAAACUUAUUUACAAAAGAGGAAAACACUGAACUACGUAAUGAGAAAAUUACUAUUGAGCCUCAAGAUAGUCCACCAUCACAUUCAACAAAUGCUAUUUGUGAAACUGUGGCAAAUGUGAAGAGAAACAACACCCAACUUUCAUUAAAUCUGGAAGUUGCUGAGGAGACAAGCUUUAUUUUAGAAGAUAAAAAUGUUCCUAGCUCGCCUUCAGAUAGCUUAAAAUCUGACUCUUUAUCAUCUGAGUGUACAUCAAAACAAAUUGAAAACUCCUCGCCUAUUGAAUCCGAUUUUAUUAACUGCAAUAAUAUUUUGGAUGUGAAACCUGAAUCUUUGAAAGAUAUAAAGAGCCUUAUGGAACCUGAGACCAAAACCUUUUCUAGGAAAGGUGAUAUGAUCGCUUCUGAUUUAUCUGGUGAAAAGAUUUCAGGUUCUGAGAAAGUGAACCUUAAAAAGGAGGUUUUGUCAUCUAUUAGUGAGACUCUACCAUACUCAGUUCCGAAAACAGUUCCUCAGCGAAAGAUGUCUGAUGCCAAUAAGGAAUUGCCUGGGGAUGAUAAUAAUCAGCCCCAAAUUGUUUGGAGAAGAAAGGAGAGGAAUUCAGUCACGGCAGAUAAAAAACCUUGUAAUAUAAAUCACGCAUCCGACAAGGUUAAGAAGAAGACAUUAAAAAAGACCAGAAAAUUUGUAAUUGAUGGAGUAGUAGUAACUACUACUACCAGCAAAGUAAUAUAUGGUGAUGAAGAUAAACAGCCCAAAGAGGAUCACAUAUUGAGAAAACUCCAAUUAAGGGAAUUAAAAAUGCUACAAAAACAUGAAACUAAGCAAUUUCAAGAUCUGAGUUUAAAAGCUCAGGGUGCUCGAGAAAGUGCUGAAAAAAGAUUUGAUCAAGAAAUGUCUGCUUUGAUUCGCAACUAUGAAGCAGAUCUUGAAGCUUUGACAAGGCAACAAAAACAACAACUAGAAAGAUUUGAACAACAACAGGAUUUGGAUUUAAAAACUGCUUCUAAGAGAGUUAAAAUUGAACAGGAAAGGGAACUAAGAACAUUUAGAGAAAGUUUAAAGCAUGAACUGAAGCUGUUGAAACAUGAAAUUGAUUUAUUGCCUAAGGAGAAACGGAAAGAUGCUUACAAAGAGAGGAAGGAUAAACUAGAUAUAGAACAUCUUGAUAAGGAGGAAUCCUUUUUAAAGAAACUUAGUAUUAAUCAUGAACUUUCAAUGAAAAGACUAACAGAUAGCUAUUCAGCGAAAAUUGCACUGUUGGAGCGUCAGUUUCUGGAGCAAAAGCAACAAUUGCUUAGAACCCGAGAAGCUGCAAUUUGGGAAAUGGAAGAACGGCAUUUACAAGAAAAGCAUCAGCUGUCAAAACGUCAACUAAAAGAUAUAUUUUUCCUUCAACGUCAUCAAAUGUUAGUCAGACAUGAAAAGGAAUUGGAACAAGUGAAGAGAAUGAAUUCUUGUAAAGAAGAAGAAUUGUUGAAAUGGCAAGCCAUUGAGAGGAGACAACUUCCAAAGCGUAUCCGAGCUGAAAUGAAGACUAGAGAACUGAUGUUUAGAGAAAGUUUGAGAAUAAGUGUGGUAAAUUUUACUGAAUCUUCAGAAGAGGAGAAAGAAAAAAUCAAAAAAUUUCAGGAUGGAGAAAAGAAACGGUACAAGGCAGAACAAGCUCGUUUUGAACAAAAGCAGAAGCGACAGUUGGAAGAGUUACGACUUUCUGCUGAAACAACACUUAAAGAAUUAGNAAUUUUAUUAUUAUUUGGCUACGCACCCUGUCUCUGA